AUGAAAAUUUUCGCGAAAAUAAGAGAGGACGACAGCAGAGAAGCGAAGAAUCUCAGUACUUCGUAUGACCAAUCUCAACUCGCAAGUCAUAGGGAGGAGGAGAUGCACCGAAGAAUGGAGCUGACGCGAAGGCUAUUUCCUUCGCUCAUCGGAUCGGCCUUUAUUGUUGCCAUGGCUGCUGUUCUUCUCCUCCGUUUCACCUCUAUUCGGAAGCCUGACCAGCCGAGAAUGUGGACGGUGGAAGAAAUAGCUCCUUUCAAUGGAACGGAUGAUAAACUGUCGAUAUUAUUAGGAAUUCUUGGUUCUGUCUUUGAUGUAACCAAAGGGAGGUCACAUUACGGCCCGGGAGGUGGCUACCAUCACUUUGCUGGAAGAGAUGCAUCACGUGCAUUUGUUUCUGGGAAUUUUACAGGCGAUGGUUUAACUGAUUCACUUCAAGGUCUCUCAGGUGCAGAGAUGAGCAGUGUUGUUGACUGGAGGAAGUUUUAUUUUGAAAGAUACACAUUUGUUGGCAAGCUUGUUGGCCGGUACUAUGAUAAGGAUGGAAGCCCAACAAAACAUUUGAAAGGGGUUGAAGCUAAGGCAAAAAGAGCUGCUCGGCUACAGGAAAAGCAGAAAAUAGAAGAGGCUAAAAUUCCAAGUUGCAAUUCAAAAUGGAGCCAGCAGGAGGGAGGAGAGGUAUGGUGUGAUGUUGGGUACCCCAGACUUGUGCAGAGACCCCUUGAAAUUGCUCGUACUGGCAAAAUGAGCCGACGUUGUGCCUGCUUUAAAGAAGAGGAUCUCGGACGGCCAGGUUUGGAGUUAUAUAAUAACUGUGAUUUCCUUUCUAAAUCCUGUGUGGUUUAAAUUCCUCUCUACUGUAGUUUUCUGUUGUGAUUAUUCUCCCACUGCCGGCCUCUGUUGCCUGCCUACACCUUUAUAUUGUUUUCUUUUUUAAAAUUGAAAAUGAUCACCUUUAAAUGUUUCAUAAAUAUUGAGAGGGGUUUUAACAUGCAUGCUGCCCAAUUCCUAUGUAAUUAUAUAUCUAACUUGUAAACUCUACUUCUUACAAAUUUAUCACCCAUCUUUCAUAACACAUCAAAAAUUUCAAUUUUUUUAACAUUUAAAUAGUGAAAUACACCUUUUCAUUCAGAAGUAAGGUGACGUGUGUUAAAAAUUGAAGUUUUGGUCUUAGAAAUGCAAGUUCAUAGGAAUUAAGAGGUAUGUAUGUAACUCUUCCAUGUGGAUUGUAAAUGAGCAUGGG